AUGACGCAGUCGUGGGCUCAGAACGAAAUGAAGCGUAAACAGCAGCGCUUGAAGUGGCGGGCUGUUAAAAUGAGGCUACUCCUGUUCCUAUUAUUCACGGUUGUGACAUUUGCUACUGUAUACAGUCAAUUUUUCGGUUAUCCAUAUUAUGGAUACGGGUACGGCAUGUAUCCGGGAAUGAGUCCCUGGGGAUAUGGAUAUGGAUAUGGAUAUAGAAGGAACCCGAUCAUUGGCGCUGUGACUGGGAGUUUGGUCGGAGGACUGAUGGGCUUCCGAAGAGUUGGUCAAAGCAGGAAGUACGGUGGUGUUGAAGAGGUGAGCAUGCAGCCGUGUGUUCUUGGUCUCCUUCAAUACAUCCUUGAUGCACUUAUACGCACCCAAGCCUCUCGUCUCCUAUUGCCCAACUCGGGACACGGUAGCUCGAAUGGAGAUGUGGAACAGUGCAGUGAGAAGACAACACAGGGAGAUAUUUAUUGGACAUUACAUAUCUAA